CCCCCCCCGGCAUGGCUUGGCAGGGCUGGCCCGCGCCCUGGCUGUGGGUCUCCGGUGGCGGGCUGCUGCUGCUCGCCCUCGUCCUGCUCGUGAGCCCCCGCAGUGGCCGUGCGCGGCGGGGCCUGCGCGGCCUCCUCAUGACGCGCAGCCAGCGGCUGCUCUUCCGAAUCGGGUACAGCCUGUACACCCGCACCUGGCUCGGGUACCUCUUCUACCGGCAGCAGCUGCGCAGGGCUCGGAACCGCUACCCCAAAGGCCACUCCAAAACCCAGCCCCGCCUCUUCAAUGGAGUGAAGGUGCUUCCCAUCCCUGUCCUCUCCGACAACUACAGCUACCUCAUCAUCGAUACCCAGGCCCGGCUGGCUGUGGCUGUGGACCCCUCAGAUCCCCGGGCUGUGCAGGCUUCCAUUGAGAAGGAAGGAGUUAACUUGGUUGCCAUUCUCUGCACCCACAAGCACUGGGACCACAGCGGAGGGAACCGGGACCUCAGCCGGCGGCACCGAGACUGUCGGGUGUACGGGAGCCCUCAGGACGGCAUCCCCCACCUCACCCACCCCCUGUGUCAUCAAGAUGUGGUCAGCGUUGGACGGCUCCAGAUCCGGGCCCUGGCCACCCCUGGCCACACACAAGGCCAUCUGGUCUACCUGCUGGAUGGGGAGCCCUACAAGGGUCCUUCUUGCCUCUUCUCAGGGGACCUGCUCUUCCUCUCUGGCUGUGGCCGGACCUUCGAGGGCACUGCGGAGACCAUGCUGAGCUCACUGGACACAGUGCUGGGCUUGGGGGAUGACACCCUGCUCUGGCCUGGUCACGAGUACGCGGAGGAGAACCUGGGCUUCGCGGGAGUGGUGGAGCCAGAGAACCUGGCCCGGGAGAGGAAGAUGCAGUGGGUGCAGAGGCAGCGGAUGGAGCGCAAGAGCACGUGCCCAUCUACCCUGGGAGAGGAGCGCUCCUACAACCCGUUCCUGAGGACCCACUGCCUGGCACUACAGGAGGCUCUGGGGCCAGGCCCAGGCCCCACAGGCGACGGCGAUGAUGGCUGCUCCCGAGCCCAGCUCCUGGAGGAGCUCCGUCGGCUAAAGGACACACACAAGAGCAAAUGAGCCCCCCCACCCCCCUCCCCGAGCCCAGCCCAGCCCAGCCCUGUGGGGUAGGGUGAUUACCCCCCACCCGCACCUUGCCGUCCUUCUCAUCACCAACACCACUGCCCCCACUGGCGCCCACCGGAAGCACCACUCCCCUACACUGGUGAGGGGGAGGGGAGGGCCAAGACCGUGACAUGGAGGGGAGGAGGCCCCGAGGCCCCACCAAGUGAGGCUGGGUCAUCAGGGGAAAGAGGAAAGGGGCAUCCCCAGACCCAGCUGGGGAGGAGGGUCCUCCUCCCUCCCCCUCUCCUAGGAGAGCCACAAGGACAUGGCGGCUGCUGUUGGCUCCCCCUCAGGAUGCCCCACUGCCCCCCACCCCCCAUGGCAGCAAGAGCCAUAACCAGGAGGAGUCCAUCUUCUGCCUUUCCCCACCUAGGGAUGGGGGAGAACCUUCCUUCCACAGUGGCCUAGGUGGUGGUGCCUCCUCGGGAAAGUGGUCACCAACAGGGGCAGCCAGACUCUGGGUGACUGAGACCCUGCCCCCCCAUCCCCAAGCCCCUCACCCCUCCCUCCCUGCUGAAGACGCACUUGCAGGCAGAGCCAUUCCUAACACACAAGGGCUGGAAGCUUGGCUCCCGCCAAUCCGGGCCUCGGGUGUCUCCCUGGCAACUUAGAAGGGGGAGGAUCCUGGUUGCCAAGGAGACUCCAGAUGCUGGGAUACAGAGCCCCGCCCCCCAUGCACACAUCUGGCCUGAGUCUGCCCUGGCCUCUGCCCCUGUGCUGGGCCACAGUGGCCCACCUCUCUAGGGGAGAGAGAGCCAACGGUCCACCCAGGCCCACGCAGCUUCUCAUGUUGGCCCUUGUUCUUAGGAAUUCCUGCCUGCCUUCUAUCCAGUGUUCUCCCCUCACGCUCUCCUCCACUCUUUUCCCCCUUUGAGUUAGUAAAGAUUUAGUUUUUCACCCUAGCAUUCGUCUGGCCCUCUCGUAUUGUCCAGUUCUCACUGGAUCUUGGGCCGCAUCCUGACUGAGGGGCUGGGGCUCUGGGCAGCAGAGUGCAGAAAUCAGCAACCUGGGAGCGCAAGCAAGGGACAGCUUCCAGGCCCUCCCGCUCGGCCCGCCUCCUCCCCUCCUCCAGCUGGUUUCUCCUCUGGUCUUGAUUGCUUUUGAAGAGGUCCCAGUGCGAAGCCUUUGGUCC